AUACUUUUUCAUGCCAAUGAGCGCUUCCGGGUCUUAUAGUUAUUGAACAUCCUCCAUCGUGAACUUAUUAUUCAUUAGCUUUCUUUCGAAUCGAUUGAACACAUUUGCUUCUUGUUUUAAUAUUUGAAGCUCUUUUAACUGAACAAUAUAUUAGAAAAAUCUAAGUGUUUUAUUUUAAUAAUGCCUUAAAUCUUAUUUUCUUUCACACCGGAAAUAAAAAUGACGUCAUGAUAAUUCAUUAACAUUCACAAAGUGCGGCCAUAUUUGUUGUGCAUUGUCCGUAAGGAAGAUCAAAGACGAAACCGACUGACUCACUGUGAAUUGCUUGAGGAGGGGAAUUGGUGGUCGAUUAACGACGAUUAUUUGUUUUAACAAUGGGAAAAUCAACAUUCAUUUUGCUCGUUUUAGUCAUUUCUCCAUACGUCCUAGCACUAACAGGUAGGACAGAUACAUUUUUUAUUUGUGUUUAAAAUACAACUCCAAUGAGUGCUGGUGCUGUAGUGUGCUCUUAGACUCAUUGUCUUAUAGUCUUAUGUUUUAUUUGUAUGGUUAUUAUUUUAAUACAACACUUUCAGCCCAAUUGUUUGUUGAAUCUUUAUUUUGUUAUAAAGUAGGUGUAUUGAUUAUUGACGAAAAACGCUCUCCGCACCCACCUCAGGGUAGCAAUACACUCAGCAAUUUAUUUGGUUGAGAGGGUUGAUUGAAUUUUAAUUAUUGUCAAUACAUUCAUUGCAAUAUAAUGUGAAUGUUAACAAUGAAAUGAAAUCUGAAAAAGAUCUAGGCAUAUGCUUUAUGAAUUAUGAAGUCUAUAUUAUAUAUAAUAUAAUGUACUACAAUCUACCCCAAUAAAGGAAAGACUUCCCUUGGAGUCUAAUUAAGAUUAGCAUUAGGCUUAGACUUAGGCUAAACAAUAAAUUAAGCAAUUCAAUGUACUUUUUAUAGUAAUUUGAUUGAAAACAAGCUUUUAGUAUAUGAAAUUAUAAUUAUAGGCCAAACUGGACAAUUUACAGUUUAUGAUUAUGGUUCCCCCAAAGAGUUACUGUGGAUGAGUGAACUCCUUUUUGUUAAGAGUUAAGUCGCAGAUUGUAACAAGAUUUAACUAUUUCCCUAUUACUAUUAUCUAAUGACUAAUGUUUUUUUAAUGCAGAUAAUUUUAAUUAAUAUUUGAAGUCAACCAAUACUGUAGAUACUUCGAUGAAACAAGGGAGACUACUAUUUUUUUUGUAUCGGAAAUGGGCGUCAGCGCCGAAAAAUCCGAGUUUUUAAUUUUCCGAUGUGUGUGUCUAUUUAUUAUUAAAUUAGUUCUUUCCACAUAGAUUUGAGUUCCGUUUCCGGCCUUAUAAUUUGGAAGACAUCUUGGCCUACAUUUCUAGCCAGCUAUUUUGCUUUUUUCAAUCGACCUUUAUUUUGAAAAUCUUUGGUAUAUAUAAGGCAUCUUCGCAUACAAAAUUUUUUGUGAAAUAAUAAGAUAAGGUCCUUUUUGAUUAAAUCUGUAUGAGCAUUAGAUAUUGAUCUAUAUCUGUGCCAAGUUUCAUUGAUGUAGGUCGUGUCUCACGUUUGUUACACUUGUCACAGUGACCCAUAUCACCAUAAAGUGGCUCAGCCUAAUUUCGCCAUGGCGUGGGCCACGCCCCCUUUUUAAUGGCGGAAGUUGCCGAUACUUAGGAAAUAUUUAAUUAUUACCACUAUAUACAUCAAAAUAUUUUAUAUUUUGUGUUUCAGAAUGCAUUUUGAAGACAUUUGUGGGCCACGCCCCCUUUUUAAUGGCGGAAGUUGCCGAUACUUAGGAAAUAUUUAAUUAUUACCACUAUAUACAUCAAAAUAUUUUAUAUUUUGUGUUUCAGAAUGCAUUUUGAAGACAUUUAAACUGGAAAUGUUUUAAUUUGAGCUUUAAAAACCCUGCAGAGUCCAUAUUAUAAAUGAUCAGAAUUUUCCCUGUGCAACACGUUGUCAUUGGCAACCAUUCACAGCCACUUGCAUAACGGCUACGUCGUAGUACUAUCUCAGAGUUUCAUUCAUAAGAGUUUGCCGUGUGCAAAAGCUAUUAAACCAUUGGUCAGGGAAAGCUUUUAUUAAUUAUUCAUGUGCCAAAGUUGAAAGUUUAAAAUAAGUCGACCCUAAACAGUAUUUUAGCGAUAGGGAAUGCGUUGCCUUAUAUAAACUAUAUAGGCAUUGCGCAUGACGCGAUCAGUGGAAUGAGGUCACAGAAUGUGGAGAUGCAGUCCAUGUUAAAAAAUGACAAACCAAGUCGUACUUUAAAAAUUCAUAACUUUAAAACUACAACAGCUAAAAAUAUGAUUUUGGUGUUAUAAUUCUGUUUAAAAUUAGCUCUAUUCAACUGUGCCAUUGGUUGAUUUUUAAAAAAAUGUUUACAUUUUUGACCAAAGUAUCUAAAUACUGGUAUUGGAAAAAGAUAUUCUUGUUUUUGAACUUCUUGCUGGUCUAAUCAUUUGAUAAAUGAAUUCUGUCUUUAAUAAUAUUAAUAUGUUUUGAAUUUUAUUAUGGCAUUCUGGAGAAUUAAGGCAAUCCACACCACUUUUUCAUAUGUUUUUAGCACUGCUGUUUUCUUAUGGUCGCCAUCUUUUUGUCAUAAUGGCAGACAUGUGACUAAUAGAAAAAUGGUGUCUUUGUAAAAAAAAUAAUAAAGUAGUGCAAAAACAUGUCUGUUAAAAAUGAGAUAAACAUGCAAAUUUAAUUUUUAAAAUUUAAAGAAAAAUCCACAACUCCAUCACUAUGUAAUCUGAAUGCUAAGUCAUUAUCCCUAACUCAAGCGUAAAUUCCACUGUAAAUUUAGUCCCCCGUAACAUGCAUGCGGUUAAAUUCACUCCUAAGUAGCCCCUUCUAACAUAUGUGAAAAUCUCAAAGCCUAAAUUCUGACAUAAAAUCAACCCUAAAACCUAAUGUGCUACUUUUACUUCACUGUAUUGCACUGACAAAAUCAUAAAUUUGAUUAAAGAUUAAACUUAUUUUUAGAAUAUUCAAAAUAAUGAAAGACCAACUUACAUUGUCAUUAAUUACACUUUUACUCACUUUAUUGCAGGUUCCACCAAAAUAAAUUCCUUAAGUUAUUAGAAAAACCAAUACCCAUUGCAAAAUUGAGGCCUCAUUUUAGAUAUCAUAAUUAACCACCAAAUGAAUUAAUUGAAAACAUUCAAUCAGUGUAUUAAUUUUUUAUUUAUUUUUUUAAGUUUAAUAUAGUAACAAUCCAAGAACUGAAAAAAGGGAGAGAAUCCUACACGUAAACUUGUAGUGGCGCGAAAUGCAUAAUAAAGUGAUGGUAAAUAUGUAGUUAGCGGCAUGAGUUUUGCCAAGAGUUUCUCACCCAAAGCACAGUGACAUUACUUUGGGGAAUCCCAACCCUGUAAUUAGGGUGACAGGACCAACAUUCUGACCUGAACGAUGUGUAUGGUAACUUUCCCAUUCUUCACUGAGCAUUAUUUGAAUCAUAAACAUAAUCUGACAAGCGAUACAGAUUCAUUCUUUUUUUUUUUAAUUCAACUUAAAUGGUUAAAAGAAAUAAAGAUAGUCAUCCUUGCUGUUAGCCCAAAAUGAACACCUGGAAAAGGAGCUGAAUUUUGAUUGGCCGAAAAAGCUUGGUACUUGUUUGCUACUCAUGUCUCUAAUGUCUCAAUUUAGCUGAAUAUUUCAACCCCUCUCCCACUUUCAAUACAAGAAUCAAAAUAACAUCACCAUGUAUUUUGUUUUGACUCAUCUGCUAUCACGGGAACAAAGAUGGCAACUGUGUCAAUAAAGUUGUGCAAAAACACCGUAAAGUUACAUGUGUAACAUUAACAAAUCAUCAAAUGCCAAUUAUUGAUAUAUAUAUAUAUACAUAGUGCUGGGGCCUUCAGUAGGCUGGGGCUAGGCUACUAUAUUCGAUAAAAUAGAUACAUGGUCCAAUAUCAUAUUGUGAAUAUGAUGUGUUUUGGGGGGGGGGGGAAUCCAUAAUUUAUAUAUAUACAUAGUGCUGGGGCCUUCAGUAGGCUGGGGCUAGGCUACUAUAUUCGAUAAAAUAGAUACAUGGUCCAAUAUCAUAUUGUGAAUAUGAUGUGUUUUGGGGGGGGGGGAAUCCAUAAUUGACAUCAUACUUAUCAGGGAUAUUUUUACCACCACCCCUCUCUCAGCACCCCCCUCCCUUUUCUUCUGCCUCAAGUUACUAAUUCUAAUGGCUCCAUUUUUUUUAAUAGUUAACAUUAAAGUUAUCACAAAUAAUGUAAAAUGCAUUUGAUUAGGGUGGGGUAUAAUUACUAUAAUUCUAACCAAGAAAAAGUAGAUGGUGGUCAAAAUAAAAAUAUGUGUCUUCAAUGGUAGACUUAUAAGUUAUUGGCAUGCUGAAUGAAUUAUGAGUCUCAUUUUGUCACUCUUACAUCACAAUGUUGCAAACCCCUUCUCUACAAGAAAAUCUUAAUUCUUAGUUUUGUCAUAAGUUGAAUACAUGCCUACACUUUUUAGACAACCUAUACAAAUUCCAACUUGUAUCAUGAGCAGUAGCAGUUCAAUAGACAUACUAACGAAAAGAUGUCUAUUUAGUCUUAGAACUGUAAUUGCAUUAAGGGCCCAGGCCUAAUGUUUUAAGUUAAUCAUUUACAUUGUUAAAAUUGUGUCUUUGACAACAAAAUGUGAUGAAAAUUUUUAUUUUCAGAGGUCAAUCGUUACAAACCUGUGAUUUGGUCCAAGAUUUUAGAACAUGAUAAACCAGCAUUCCACGGUGAAAUAAAGGAAAAUGAAAGAGUGGUUCAGCUUAAACCAGAGCUGGUUGCUAGCGAUGCUGAUGAACUAGGAGGGGCAAGUAGGUUAAAAAAAGUUCUGUGUGGAUAUAAUUAUUUUUUCUUCUUAUAAAGUUACCAAGUCAAAUAUUUUUUUUCCCCUUAUACUUAGGCUUAUUUCCUGUUAAUAUAUUUACUUAAAUUCUUAUUCUUUUAAAUCUGCAAUAGACAAGAAUUCAUUUAUAAUGCUUUAAAGAAAUUUUUUUUGACAUUCCCAGAAUUUAUAUGUAGCUACAUCAUUUCCAAAAACAAACGGCACCCAAGAACUCAGCCUUUACCAUUUGAGAUUGUUGUUACUGAUAAGGUGACAGGGGCUGCAGAGAUCAGGGUAAAAGAUGGAGAAAAGCUUAACUUUGAAGAACACCCUUUCUACAAGUUUGGUAUUGUUGCUGAAGAUUGUGGCAUACCACCCAAGCAAUCGACAAAGUGAGUUUAGACUUUCCUGUUUCACAAAAUGUGUGAUUUAUCUUACUGAGCUACUCACAUACUUCAUUUGCUUAUUAACUUUGUGCUGCAAGUUUAUUAUAAGGGAUUAAAGCUAUAUAUUAAAAUAUUUUAGUAUAAUAUUUUCUUGGAAAUUAAUUGUAAUUUUGCACAAUAAAGUGUGGACUUUUCCAAGUUGCUUUAAAAUAUCAAAAGUAAGUCUCUUUUGUGUUUUGAGAUUGCUCCAGAUGUAAGUAAAAAUUAAAGUCUUCAAAAGCUCUUCACUUUUCUGUUACAAAUACAAAUAAAUUAACUUAGCAUAAUUUACAAUGAAAGGCUGUGUAUGUUGUUAUGAAAACAUUCUUAUCUUUAUUUUCAGGGCUUAUGUCAUGAUCAAGGUCCUUGAUGUGGACGAAUUUGCCCCCAAAUUCGACAAUGAGUCCUAUUUUGCCUAUGUUGAAGAAGGCAAGAUGUAUGAUGCUAUUGUGAAGAUACAUGCAUCUGAUCAAGAUGAAUCAAAUGCUUACAAAACCAUCUGUAACUAUGAGCUCCUUACUCCAGGUGUACCUUUUGAAAUCUCACCUGAUGGAGUUCUCAGAAAUAAGGAGCCGUUGGAUUACAGUGUUCAUAGAAAUUUUAUUCUUGGGGUAAAUAAGGGUUAGCUUCUUUGACUUAGUUUUAUUAUGCUUUUUUACUUAGGCUUUUUCUCUUAAUGAAUUAUUUCUCUCAGCCAUUGUUACUUCAUAAACAGCAAAGUGAAUUGAAAACUCGAAUUUUCACAAUAGCUUCUAAAAAAUUUUGAGCACAUGUCCCUUUUUUUGAAGGUUACUUGUCAUCUGUAUUUGGAUCUUUUGGCAUACAUUCUACUUGGCUGUUGCAUUGUGUGUCCAUUUGUGUUAUUGGCAGCGGUUACAGGGCUGUCACUCAUAGCACUGUGCCUAAAUAUAAUCCAGCCAUGACCUGCUGCAUCAGCUCAAGACGAAAUUUCAAGUGUGUCUCUGAGUUAUGAAACUCAAAGUUUGUCUUUGAUUUCUGCCCUUGAUGUCGUUGAGUGAACUGGGGGGUUUUUUGUACACAAUUAAGGUGUUGAUUAUGGCAACCCGAAGCAGAAACCAUAGAGACCUACACCAUUUCCCACUUCUUCUGAAAAUCUGCCAAUAAAAUCUCAACUAAUCAUGGAAAUCUACACCACCAACACCGUUGUUGUAGUUGCAAACACUUGUUGAUAUCUAGAUGCCAGCUGUGUUGUUAUGGUUGUCUGAAAAUGUUUCAAUUAAUUUCUUACUGACCCUUUGUCCUGUGGGAAACAUGCAACAAUGUUUCCAAUUUGCCUAAAUCACACUCCCAAUUCAGUUUAUGAUUUUGUUUAGUUUCACAUUCUUUAGUUCCUAGGCUCAACCUUUACAAGAGUAUCUGAUAGUCACAAAAGAGUAUGUGCCCUGUUGAAUUAAGUUCUUGGCAAGCUUGACACAAGUAAAAUAUUUGUCAUAAAAAAAAUGGCGAUGCUUGUCAAGAUAAAGCUCACCCAUUAUAAAGAAAACUUGAUAUUCCAGGCCAAUGGGGAUAUUUAAAGCAGAUUUCUCAGUAUAACCAUUGCAAUUAAACAAAUAACCUUUAUGUGAAUCAGCAGCACUCCACAAAUUGAUGCCCCAGGUAGUAGGCUUAUUUUUUAUGUACUGUUUGAAAGCAGUUUGAAUGGUCCUGUAUAACCUAUAUAAGCCACAAUGGCUUCAUCAAUGGAAAUCUCCUUCUCUGGCUUCAUACUUGUAAGGGAAUUUUCCACAACUGUAUCAAACAGUGGUCAGGCUUUUUAAAUUAUAUUUAAAAACAGCUGGAUGUCUGAGAUUUUCACAGGCUUCCAUGUUGUGUUUAGUUUUGUAAGAGCCUGUUCCAGUGCAUAACCAUUAAUUUCUGUAGCACAGUGUCCAUAGAAUGCUUCAAGUACGAACAGUGAAAAAUAAUCACAUGCCGUGAAAGAUUCAUCAGUAUUAAAUAUUAUUGCUAAUUCCUGUAGGUCUACUUUGUCAAAAUAUUUGACCACACAUAAUCACCUUCCUCUGUUACUUGUCCACUCACUCGAGUCACUUGGGGCCUAACCCUAGUGGUACUAAUCUCUUCAUCACUAGUAUCAGAAUUGUCACUUUCCCCAUCAGUAAUUAAAUCAAAGUCUACAUCAGACGACUUAUCAUCAUUGAUAACAUUGUCAAAAAAUGAGAGGGCCCUGUGAUAUCACUUAAUCAGAGUUUGCAUAAAAUAAAAAGUUAUUUUUGAAAUCACAAAAUCGCCUCGCUGGAUCAAUGUAAUGAUUAAACAUUUGGUAGUAAGCUCCCUUGGCUUGUCUAGUCUUGUUGAGUUUGAGAUUUCCAUUUAUAAGGAGAUAUUUCUGUUGCUGUGUAGCAGUAUAUUUUGUGGCAGUUUUUGGCCAUUACGAGGCUGAAGUGGUUAUGUCCCUAUAUGACAUUAUGGGUUGAAUAGGUUAAUACAUUCAUUUCUGUGUAAAUGAGUUGUUUUUGUUUUUUUAAUGCUUAAAUUUUAUUACAUUGUGUCAAUAUAUGGCAAUUCUCAGGCUGUUGCUACUGACUGUGGAGGUAGAAAAUCUGAGCCAGUUUACAUUAAUUUGGCUGUGACAGAGAAAUGCAGAAGUGGAUGGACUGGCCUACAGGAUGUGCUGAAGUAUCGUGCAGGAUCUGGUCAACAAAGAUUGGCUGAAGGUGCUGCGCUGAACCUCUGUGACAGUGAUUGCAAACCUGCACAGGUCAAUGUCAAGCUCACCCUGACAACUAAGCAUAUUGGGAAGGGAUGUGAUCGUGAUACUUAUUCCGUCAAUUCUCAGAGGAAACUGUGUGGUAAGAAAUUUAUAAUACGGAAAGCUGUUUAACAGUUUCAGAUAUUUUUGUAUUCAAAAUAAAUUAAGCAGCUGUUUCAAUCAUUUGCAGUCUUUUGUAAUAAAAAUUGUUUUAAAAAGUAAAGAUCCAAGAAUAUUUUGACUAUUAGCACAUAUUGUUCUGUUAAAGACAUUUGCAGAGUGUAAUUUUACAUGGUCUCUUGAUUGUCCAUAGAUGAUAAAAUCACAAGUAUAGUUUGUUGUAGAGCGCUGUCUGCAUUUAUGGAGCAAACUCAUAUUUCAGCAAUAAUUGUUAUAUCUGUUCAUCCAGUCAUUUGUGUGAUAUGCUUAUAUUUUUGUUUUAAUCAGCACUUCCAAUUUACCAGUUGCACAUUUAAGGGAAUACAUUAUACAAAGAGUGUUUAUUUUAUUUAAAAUAGUGAAAUGCUCUUUACUAUUUAUAUUGAUCCAGUUGUGUCUUGUUGCAUUGAGUUCCUAGGUAAAGUUGUUUUUUUAACAGUAACUUGAAGUAAUGUAGAGUUUUUAAAAUAACAACUGUACAAGAUGUUAGGCUUUAAAUAGUAUAGGGCAUUUGCCUGAUAAUUUUUUUUCGUUAGCUUUUGUUUGAUAUCAUUUUACAGGGUUUUUAUCUUUAUAACCUGGUGAAAAUACUCUUUGUCCAGGUGCAAGUGGUGAAAGUGUAGAUCUACUGCCAUCUCCAAGCAGUGCAGACUGGUCUCAUAACAUUCCUACCGAUGAUGGGCACGAAAUGGAUCAGGUCUUUUCUUUUGAUGGUCAAAACAAUGCCCUAGAAGUGCCAGAGUCUGUUUUUAAUCAUAUGCUUCACAAGCACUUCACCAUUUCUGCUUGGCUGCGACACGGAGAGCCACCAAAGAAUAGUGAGACCAAAGCACCUAAAGAGCACAUCCUUUGUAUGUCUGAUGGAGAUGGUAAGGACUUUUUUUAAAAUGAAUUUCAAUUAAUCAAAAUUUGAAAAACUUUAACUGAUUAACUACCAGAUUGAAAAACCCGCUGUGGCCGAAUUAAAUCUAGGUCACAUUUUCUCAUUUUAGGUUAAUGUACAAAUUCAGCUGCAGUUUUCUUAAUUAUAAACAUAAUCUAAUGAUUAAUAAACCAUUUUGUGGGUAAUUGAAUUGUUUAUAAGAUAAACUUAAACAUUUGUAAAGUUAAGUUUUGUUAUGAAAUUAUUAAUUGUUAAAUUAGUAUUUACAAUAUAAAAAUGUGCCAACUUACGUAUAAAUUCUAAAUUUCCAAAUCAUUUAAAGCCUUUUAUUUGGUGGUUUCAAAAAUAGUAUAUCCAAUAAUAAGAAAAAUGCACCAAAGAACACAGCAAAUGAAUAAAAUGUUCACGUAUAUGCCUUAAGUAACCCUGUCACUUGUUGCUACAGUAAACAAGUUGUACAAUUUUGUAUCUAGCUUGGAAAUUACAUCAAAAUUAAGAAAUAGCUCGUUUUUUAAAACACUUUGCUGAGGACAUGCGGUUUGAAUAUAAGCAUCCUAUUGGUAAAUUAAAAUCUUGAAGCAAAGGGGGAACGGAAUAAUAUAAAAAUUUGACUCGAUUUACUACGAUACACACCUUGGCGCUACCAGUGGCUCGUGGCCAUAACGGAAGGAAUGCCAAGCCGCUCCCAGCGUCUCAUUGUAGUUAACCAGUUAAUAUUGAUAUCUUAUUUUGGUGCAAAAAUUAAAUGCUUCUAUGGUCCAUGGAUAUAAUUGUUGGUUUAUAAAUUUUAACCCAAAAUUAGUCCACUGUUUUUUCUUAUUACUAUACAGUGAACUAAAUUAUUCUCUUUUUCUCUGAUUUGAACGUGAAUAAUGUUACUCAACCACAGGCAUGAACCGUCACCACUAUGGCCUCUACAUUCAUGGUGAGAAACUUGUACUGCUUCUGCGUAAAGAAGCUGAGGAUGUAGAGUCACCGGAAGAUAUGAAAGUGUUUAGGCCUGCUGAAUUUCGUUGGACCAUCCCCCAGGUUUCAGAUGACAGAUGGCAUCAUUUUGCUGUUAGUGUGGAUCUACAGCAGGAAAAUAAAGAUGGUGGGGUGAGUAGUGCGAAAAUUCAGUUUUAUGGAGUUUUUACCUUCAAUUAAUAAACUAUCUGUAAUUAUUGGCUAGUUAAAAUCUAUUACCUUGUCUUAAAAACCUUGUAUUGCAAUUGCUCUGAUAGGUCAUAUUUUUUAGGGGUUGGGGCGUGUAAUAUAAUAUUUUGCUUAUUUUCUAUAAAGUAAUGCUAACAGACAUCAUGCAGGCUAUGAAUAAAGAGGAUGGAUGAAAAUAAAGGAGGACUAUAUUGUUAGCCAUGUUGUGUGCGAUCAUGUGUGUCAUUCUAAAUAGAUAACCUGGAUUAAUAUUUAGUGAGGUUACAUUUUUGCUAUGUUCUUGUCAGGUACACCUUUACAUUGAUGGGAAACUGCUCCUAACUAAUGAGGAUAAUUUCGAGAUCAUUGAUGACUGGCCUCUGCACAAGACCAAAAAGGUCCACAGUACCAAGCUUGUUGUUGGUGCUUGCUGGCAAGGUAAAUCCUCAAAUAUCUUCAUGUGUCAUCUCUAUAAACUUGAUUUCUAGAAAGUAAUGCAAAGUGAAGUUAAAUAACUCUUUCCUGCACUUUUGCCAGAAUCUCUUACCGGUAUUUAACUAGAAUAUAAUCUUAUCAGGUGCAGACAACACAUUUAGCCACUACUACAAGGGCUACAUGGCUGGACUGUUCGUGUUGAAGGGAAAAACAGAGAGUGAACGAGUCAUCAAAUGUCUGAAUAAUUGCAAGGAAAACCUUGACUUCCAUGCCAUCAGUGACAUGUCCAGUGGAACAGUAAGCAUUUUAAGAUACGCUCUGGAGACAGUUUGAGUAAUGUCUAUAAUACCAUAGUUGUUUUUAAAGGAAAAUGGGCCAUGAUUAUAAGAUCAUUUCAAACCUUAAUGGGGUUUAACUCGCUACAUUCCUUGAAUUGUUCUUUUUUUUUCCUUGAGAUUUCUAGUUAUUUUACAAUCCAUGUCUAAAGUUAGCGAUUUUAGAUAUCAUUUUGUAGGGAAAUAGAUGAGGCUUGUAUAAAUGUUUUUCUUUAAACAUAUAAGAAUAAGACUUAGAAGUUGUGAGAGAAAUAAUGCAGGAUUUUUUAAUGAAAAUGUGUAAUAAAUUGCUUUAGUGAUCAGAUGCAAAGGAAAAAGAGGAAGAAAAACACCUGGAAUUUUUUUUAUAUGAAGAAAUCAGAAUAUUUUAUGAGCGUUUAAAUUUACUAUCCCUCCACAAAUCAUACUAAAAAAUUACAGGUUAUUAUUCUUUCACCUGUUAAAAAUAGUCAACAAACAUAUCCAAAGAAAACUUUAACUUCUUUUCUUUAUUUUUUUAAAAACAAAGUCAAGUGUCAUGAGCUACUUUUGAUUAUGAAUUUAAAAAAAAAAAAUUUGCACUCCAAUGUAUAUUACACUUUAACAAAUUUUUUUGAAAAUCUGUGCAUUCAGGAACUAUUGGAUGUAUUCUAUUCUAUUUUGUGUUAUUUACAUUUAAGGCACUUGGAAUAUUUUAGUGAAUGACAUAUUGCUCAAAUAAGUUCCUUGAUGAAAACAAUUUGGAGUUAGCAAUUUUCAUGAUUUUCUUUUUAUACACUCGUGAAGAGAUUAUAGCUGGCAAUGAAAAAAAAUUAAAUCUGGUGCUGUUUUGUUUUUCUUAGGGUGAUAUAUCCAUUUAUCAUCUGGUCAACAUCUGACAGAAAUGAAUUGUAUGAUUUGAUACUAUUUGGUUGUCUCACCAAUAAUUGCCUGAAUACACCAUCAGUUUUGGUUCUACUGUUCACAUAAGAAAAUCCAUUAGCCAUCAUAUAAAUUUAAAAAAAAAUAGAGACUUGUUUUAUUAUCUCUCAACUAAACAGAAGUUCAUUAUGUCUAUCCACCACAUAUCACCUAGUUUAGUUUUCUUUUUCCUUCUGAUAAAGUCUGACAACAACAUUUUGUCCUUGUCUGUUUCUACAUUAGAAACUUAAGAAUGUCAUAAUUUAAAUAAAUCUGUUUUUGGGCAUAAAAUAAAAUUUGAUAAAACUCAUAAAAACAUAGAAUGAUGCAACACUUGAAAACUAACCUUCUGGUAUUUACUUCUUGAAUGGGGUAUAAUGGACUCAAAGUCUAUCAAAAAAGAAAUCAGAAUCACUUGAUACUGGUUCUCAAUUAUCUUCCUCAAAGAUUCAGAUAGAAAUUGAUUGAUAUUUUCCCCAGUUAUAUUCAUUUUCAUAGUGAUUGCAUUGUGACGUCAAGUAGCUUUUUAAAGAAGAAAAAAAUGCCUAGGAUGGUGACUCUUUUCAGCGCAUCUUUUUCGAACUAACAAAACAUUAAAAUUAUUUUUAAAAUUUAAUUUUUUAUUAUUUUUUUUCUUUCAGUUGUAUGAUUAAAUAAAUAUAGAAUUAUACACACAAAAAAAAAGACUAAAUAUAAAGGUGUGCUCUUUAUAUAAUGGGAAUGAAAAGAAUUAAAAGCUAACAAUUGUUAAAACAUCUGGAAAGGCCUUUCAUUCAUGUGUGUGCUAAGUGAAUGCUAAAGCAAGAAGUGGUCAGUUUAGUGAACAUGAACAUAAAAUAAGUUUUAUUUUUUUAAAAAUUGAAUGAACAAUAAUUACAGAGUGUAAGCUUCAAUAGCGAGAUGACAGAGUUCACAAUCAGCAGUCGGAGUGUUGAGGAGGUCAACAGGCUCAUGGGACAGGUGGCUUAUGUUAAUGCCCGUACAUAUCCAACUCCAGGAUACAGGACCCUCACAAUUGAAACUUCUCUUAUGUGAGUACAUCAGAAUUUCAUUUUUUUAGCUGGUCAUGCAAAUAUUUUUGUAAGUACCAAAACAGGCUGUGUUAAAUUUGAAUAAACUGCUUAUCCUCAUAUAUUGUCUGGAAUUACAAGGGGGAGAUGUUUUGUGGUGUCUUUUUUCAAUUUUUUUUCUCUUACCUACUGUCUGUUCCUUAUAUUCUUAUAAUAUACUUAGUUUCAGACAAUAUUUCCGGAAAACCAUAUCAUGAAAAAUAUCUCAAAAGUCUAAAAUGUUGAGUUUUUACUAUAAAAGAAUGUAUGAGUUUCUUGCGCUUUUUGUCCCUUGCACCACCAGAGUCCACCUGAGUCCCCCUUGAUUAUUAUUUUUUAAAAUUCACAGAUGUGAAGGCCAAACAGUGGUUUUGCCCCUCUUGGAAAAGCGUGUCCUUGUUGAGGAGCAGCAGGAACCUGUGUUUGUUAUCACUGGUUACUCCAAUCUCACACGUAUGGUUUAUGAGUUUGAACGAGGCCUUCGUGUGUUCCAUGACAUUCAUAUCUUUGCCCGCUCUCGGCCUUUGGAGGAGUCAGAGGAUGAUGACAAUGAUGGGCAAGAAGAUAAUGAAACAAACAAAGCUGCCAAGCUGGCUAUGAAGCUGUCCAAAACUAUGUUGCAGCGUAUGUAUCUGAUAUUUUAUUUAAAGUUUUAUUCAUCGGUGUUAAUUGUACCUCCUCAGUUUGGGGAACAGCCUUGUGGUUUGUAAAAAAUUUAUACAUUUAUUAUUCUUUGUAUUAUUUUUUUAAAGACCAAUGAACUCUCAAAUGUGUAAAGGAGCACACAAAUAGACUUUUAGUACUAUAUGUAAGGUAAAAUGGUUACUUUCAGAAUCAACAGAGCCCAAAGAUGAAGAGUUUAUGAUUGAUGAGUGUCAUGUAAAGGCGGAUCCACCCCUUAACUUGUUUAUUGAGCAUCUGUCACUCCCAACCCACUUGAUGGAGAUUCAUGGCUUGGAAUGGAGUGAAACUAAUGAUGGUGUUGUCAUUCGAAGUAAGUUUUUUUUAAUCUUAUGUUGUCAACUUAUUUUUCUAUUCCUUUGAAAGAUAAGUAGCAAACCCAUGCCCUUACUGGUUUUCAAAGAAAUUAAUUUUUACAGGUGCACUGCACAUUUCUCUAGAGACUUUAUCAGCCAUCUGUUCUCUUUAACUGUACGUUUUUUAAAAAUUGUUUCAUUGUAUUCAUCUAUUAGAUGCUGACACUAUUCCCAACUACGAAAAUGUCAUCCGUAACAUUCACUAUUACCAUAACAAGCCAGAAGACCUGGCGAAUCGCACGCUGACGCUUUACUGCUCUAGUCAAAACCAGCGCUUCAUCAGCACCAAAUUCAUUGAAAGGGUAAAUUAAUUCAACGUGUUGAGUUUAAAGUAGUAUGUGAAAAAGAAAUAUAAUAAUAAAGUAAGAUUACACUCAUUACUCAGUCUUUUUUAAAAAUUAUUAUUGCUGAAGGAACUUGUUAAAAAUUGUAUCUAAUAAUAUUUCUAUGUAAAGAAAGGGAUGAUGUGUCAUUGAUAAAUUAAGUAUAUUGCUUACAUUAUUUCUUACUCAGCUUGUGGCAGUCCAUCAAGCCCCACCACCUCCUCGCCCUGCUAACAUUCAGUCCAAUGUACAAGGGAUUCACCAGUCAUUGAAAAAUCCCAGCAUAGACAGCUUGCAUUCACCGGGUGCUGCAAGUUCAAGUAAGUUUGUGUGUUGUUGUUUUUUUAUUAAACCUUAAAACUUGAUAACACCUGUAAAUCUAUAUUUGUAUGGUCAGGAAUACCAAUAUUUGUGGGACAGGAUAUUGUAACUAAUUGUAGAAGUUGGCGUCAUUUGGUAAUGUUAAAAUAUAUUUAUUUUUUAAAUCAGAGGAAUAAAUCUAUGCAUUUUGUUUUUGCAGUGGUUAAUUUUAAAGCAUUUUUUUUAUUGACCUUCUUUCUACUUGCAUUUCCAUCUUGUGAAUGGAGGGUUAAUUUUUUUUUGUUUACACACAUGACAUUUUUGCUCAUUUGGUAAUUUUCUCUAGAAGUCUGCAGAAAAUAUUUUCAAAAUUUAAAAAAAUAUAUAUAAAUUAAAGUUUUGUCUACAUUCAGUUUGAAUUCUUUGGCUGCAUAGAGUGUUCAUCUACACUUCUGCAGUCUUUCUUUGUAUAAUGCAUUUUGGACAUUCAAUAUUAUUUUCUACUUUUUAGUGCAUUUUAACUAAUUUUUUUAUAGAAAGUUGUGUUUUUUAAAAAUAUAAAAUAUAUCUAUUUUUUAACAUUAGAUCUCAAGCCAAUUAAUAUAUUCAUGCAUUUUUUAAUAUAUUUAUGUCAAAUGGCGUACUUGGAAGAACAUUAGAUAAAGAGCAGUUUCAUUUAUAGUUGGAAAAUUUGUUUGGUGAUACAUCAGUAGAAUAGCACUGUAAUGAGGUAAUAGGAAUUUUGGUAGUGUUCAAAAUUCUGUACGAAUUUACCGGCGUGCUUCCUCUGAAGUCAUACAUCUGAAUGAGAACUAAUAAGUCCCCGAUUUUGCUAAGAGAACUCACUCAAUGGCUGUUUGAAAUAAUUUAUUAUAAAUGUCUUGUGUUCAAAUUGUUUUACUUUUGUGCUGAAAAUGUAUAAUGCAAUCAAAAAACAUUUCCAUUCAUUUGGAUCAAUAAAAGAAUCUUAUCUUAUCUUACUCUGGUCCCUUUUCUGCUGGGCUGUGUUGCAUUUAUUUAGCUCUACUUUAAUAUUCUUCAUUAAUGAAUAUUUAUGUGGCCAUGUCUUUAUUUUGGUGGGGUUUUUUUUUUUGGUUAUUAUUUGAACUGCUUAAAACUUAUAACUUAAACAUUCAUUGUCUUAUUCCUUCCUUGAUACCUGUUCUGGUUUAAAUGAAAAAACCAGUCCAAUUGCUGGGCUGUGUUGCAUUUAUUUAGCUCUACUUUAAUAUUCUUCAUUAAUGAAUAUUUAUGUGGCCAUGUCUUUAUUUUGGUGGGGUUUUUUUUUUUUUGGUUAUUAUUUGAACUGCUUAAAACUUAUAACUAAAACAUUCAUUGUCUUAUUCCUUCCUUGAUACCUGGUCUGGUUUAAAUGAAAAAACCAGUCCAAAUGUUUGUAAUAUCUGGAUUUUCACCAUGCACUUGUUAAAAAUGUACAUUAAUUUCCUUGUUUGCUUAACAGAUCUAGGCAUGGUAGCCAUCAUUGUUGUUUGUGUGGGGUUCCUGCUGUUUAUGAUAGUGUUGGGGGUUAUCCGCAUUCGAGCUGCGCACAAACGCACUCAGGUCGUACAAGUAGAUGAGAAGCAAGAAAUGGAAUGGGAUAAUUCUGCUUUGAACAUAACUAUCAACCCAAUGGAGCAGGAGGUGAGAAAGGAAUUGGUAAAAACAUUUUUUACACACUUGUAAUAUAGGAUUUGUGUAUCUUCCUUUCAUUUCCAUCUGUUAUGAGUUAAUUUAAGAUUUUUAAAAUAAUUGUAAAAUAAUUGACAUAUAUAACACAUGCCUGUGUUUUAAGGGAAUGUGAAAUGUCACACAUGAAUAGAAUAUAAAAUGAAGUUAUAUAAUUCUAUACACAUUUAUAAAUUAAUUUUGUGAUGGGUUUAUAAUGUGGCAUAACUAUUUCAAAUUCAAUUAGAGAAUUACUUUUUUAAAGAAAUCCUACUUCCUGAGUAAAAAGGUUUGGCUCCUGAAUUCUCUUUAGUUUUGUCUACUUCUUCAAAUGAGUUUUUUUUUUUACUUCAGUGUUGAAAAUAUAGCACUAAUACAACUAUUGCUUCAAAAAGGCAUUAAAAUGCUGGCACAGAUCUUUAUAAUCUAGGGUCCCCACACUGUUGGGAAAACGUGAAAUAUUCGGGAAUUUUUCUAAUAAAUUUCCCGGUCGUGAAAACCGGGAAAAUGGGCCUUCUAGUAAGGAAAUUUUCGAAAUAGUCAGGAAUUUUAUAAUUUGUAAAAAAUAAUAAUAAAUUUGGCUUAGGAUGCCAUGAAAAUUGACGUUAAUCGCCGACCUCGUCUAUUUUUAGCCUGUCUGUUAUUUAAAAGGUCAUUUCUAGUGGCUUCCCCUGUCUGCGCAUGCGUGUUGAGCUCUUCAAGUUUCUAUUACCGUACAACUUCAAUAGACCAGAAAUAUUUAUUUUUUGUUCACAUCGCCGAUCAAGACAUGUUCGAUUGCUUGGGUAAGUAAAGUGUAAAAUAUAGUGAAUAAUUAUUUGAAUAUAGUUUUCAAUUGUGAGGUAACCAUUAUAAAUAGAAAAACUGCUCAUCCAAGCGCUGUCUACAAUGACUAAGCUUAGCGUACUUUGUUAUGUCGUAGUCUUCAUAAGUUGAUUUUUAACAGUUCACUUUACAUUUAAUUAUGGAGUAGGUCUUCUAAUUUUAAAUAGGCUAAUAUGAUUAAGCUAUUUUGUGAUGUUAUUUUUGCUUGGAUUAGUUAGCUAGUUUACGGCUGACAUUCCUUUAAAAGUUACUAAAACUAGUACUAGUUGAAUGGUUGAUAGGACUUGAUACAUCGAUUCAUUGAGCCUAACUUAACUGUAUAAAUAAUUUAUAAUAUAGUAUAUAUAAUUAUAUAGUUAGUUCUUAUUUUAUGCACUUCCGUGCUCUGGUUAUACUUUGCGGUAUUAUACGAUUAUUCAUAAGCACAGUGCGUAGGCAAGGUUUGUUUUUGUGUGUGUUGGGGGGGGGGGGGGGCAUUGAUGCAUUCCCCUGAGGAAAAUCCUUUACCAUGCCGUUUCAUAUGCAUAUCUUAGUAUCUCUUCUAAAGUAUUAAAGUAUAGUAUGGUUAUAAUAUAGUCUAUAUGAUGAAUGCCUUACUGUAAAUUUAAACUUAAACAUAAUAUUAAUGAUAUGAAUCAUAUUAUGAUCAAUGAUAAUAUAUUUUAUUUUUAUAAACUAUUCAGGAUCAAGGCUCAAUAAAAUAAUUCCCAACAGUUCCUUUAAAGAUUGAUGGUCAGGACAGCUAUCAUGAAAAUGAUUGAACAAGUCAUCACUGCUUCACUAUGCUGGAAAUAUUGAUAUCAAGUAUUCAGGGCGAAAAUACUAAGAAAAUAUCAAUCAUCUGAUGAAACUUCAGCUUUAUUACAUAUCUUAAGUGUCCAGUUCUGCAACUUCUCAGUCAAGCUUCCAGUUUAUGUGUCAAAAUAUGAAACCCUCCUUGGAGAGAUUUUAUAUACACUAAGUGUGUUGACUCAAACUAUCCAUUUUCAUCACAAAAAAAGAGAACAUUAACUCCCUAUAAGAAAAGAUGCUUUCUACUUGUGCUAAAAUGCCCCGGAGAACACAUUGCAAAAUUUUAACGUUGCCCUUGCACUUUAAAAUUAAACAUCAACAAUUUUUCAAGUCCAAGUAAAUUAAAAAUUGCAAUUGCUAGGAAAUUUAAUAAAUAUUUGCAUGUACACAUUUCAAUCACUUAAUUUUGUGUUUAUUUGUGUUCUUUUUUCAACGUUGCUUUGCUUUGACAAUUGCAUGGAUUUUUAUAUUAUCAACAGAAAUGCUGCGUUUUGAUAGGAAUUUUUUUGUUUUCAGUAGGGAAAAAGUAGGGAAUUUUGUUUUUAAAAAAGUGUGGGAACCCUGAUAAUCUCUUUUAUCAAUUUUUUUAUUCAGAUGUUUGAGUAUGAGGAUGGGGCCAGGCCAACUUUCCCAGAAGAUACUGAUAGUGAUGAAGAUGAAGAGAGCAGCAUGCAGGGAGACUAUGGGGACAGCACAGAGGAUGAUGAACCAGUUCCUCAAGGAAAGGCUCCAGUGGGGAAUGACCUAGAAUGGGAUCACACAAGUUUUUGAGUGUUUCCCUGUUGUGGUAAGUUCACACCCAACAAGCACUAUUGAUUUCCUCUAGAAAAUAUUCAUUUUGUUUAUUUAUAUUUUUUUGGGUGUGCUCUGUUCUAUCAUUGAAGAAUAAUUUCUGAUUCUUAAUUAUUUUUUUUUAAGAAUCCUCUUUGUGAUUCAUCCAUAAUGUACAGUUACAGAAAAAGAUAAAGCAUCCUGACUCAUUGUAACUGACCAUUUGUAGUUGAUUAUAAUAACAGCAGAUAAGUGUUGUUAAAAAACAUUGCUUGUGUUUGAUCUGACUCAGAAUGCCCCAGUGAUCUUUUCUUGCAUUCUGUAAAUAGAAGUGAGUGUGUACAUAGCUGGGUGGCUAAACACAGUGUGUGGACAGUUAGAUUGCUAUUUACAAGUUGUUGUGGAGAUAGCUGGGUAGCUAAACAAGUGGUUGUGGAGAUAGCUGGGUAGCUAAGUACAAGUCAAUGUGUGCAAAGUUUGGUCACUUUUACAAGUCAUCUGGACUGUGGACAUAGCUGGGUGGCUAACUACAAGUCAUUGUGUGCAUAGUUGGGGUGCUAUUUACAAGUCAUUGUGUACUGUGGACAUAGCUGGGUGGCUAAAUACAAAUAAAUUUUUUACAAUUCUUGGUCUCUAAUUACUAGUCAAUGUGCACAUAACUGGUUGGCUUAGUACAAGUCUUUUUAAAAAAAUUUGGUAACUGUAUUUCCUGAAAUCCAAUGUCUGGAUUUUUUUUUGUACAUUCUCUGUUGUCUCAUUUUUAAGAUGCUCUUCAUUUUCUACAAUAUUUACUGUUGUUUUUCAAAAGAGGUCAAGGCAUGAUUUUUUAAAAAUAUUUCAAAGCUAAAUGCAUAACCCAAAGCUGUAUCAUGCUUAUUAUCAGUGCUCUACAUAUCUUUAUAAUCCACAGACAGCUUCUUAAGACUAUAUACAUUUUGAUAUGAGGUCAGUUUCACCAUGUUAGUUACUGUCUUGCACACCUGCUUGUGAAAUAUGUGAUCAGCUGAGAGGAGAUGAAGAUGAAUCAACAUUCCUCAUGGGGUAAAGACAACAAUGGACCUUUAGCUGGAGGGAAACACUUUUUCCCUCUUAUUGUACAUCAGAUAACAACAUCAAACAUUUUUUUGAUACACGUCCCCAUGACAUGGAUUUACAAUUUUAUUUUUUUUUUUAAAUUACAUUUUUACUGCUCUGUUUAUGAUUGUGAUUAUUUAUAGGCUUAUCGGCUGCACAUGUUUUAAAAAUACCUGGGUUUGUAAGAAGAUUUAACAUAUUCACAGCUUUAAUUAGUCUACUAAUUUUUCUAUUCACAACCUUGUCAUUGCUGUGGUGGGUCUAAAGUACAGUUUUAUUAUUAAUUUUUAAAGUUAAUAUAUUUAUUUCUAAGAAAUGCAUAGGUGAGUAUGGCUACAAAAAAAAUGUAUGCCAAAGAAUAAAAAAAAGAAUAAUUAAUGAGCAACAAGCAUAAAAAAGUACAUGAUGUAAGCUUUUGGCUAGUUUGUUUUGUAUUCUGAAGGAUAAAAACCUCACAGACAGAUUGUUUGUGGGUUUUUUUUAAAUUAAAUUGUUGGUGGAGACGAAGACUUUUAUUUGUGAAUACCUUUGUUACAUAUUGAAAGGUAAUGUCGAAUCGUAAUGUUUUCACUUUUAUUAAUUUUAUUUAUUUUUUUAAUAUAUUUUAUAUAACAUUUGUCAACAAUUUUAUUUUUUUUUCCUGUUCGAUUUAAAAAAUAAAAUAGCUUUUACCCUGUAUAUAAGUAAAGACACGUCUAGAAUUUUUGUAUGUAUUUCAAUGAAUUAAACUUACACAUUUAUUAUCUCAUGUGAAGUGAAUGGGUUUUUUUUCAGUUUGAAACUGGUCAAGUUGUUUUCUUAAAUCAAACUGAUAUCAACAGAUCUUUCCAUUCAAUUUUUUAACCAAGUCAAUAAAUGAGACCUGGAAUCCUAAAAUGGGCAGUUUAAAACUAUUCAGCUAUAUUUAGUUUGUACAAACAGUUGUGACUUUUUCCUCACACUUUUGACACCAAAGAUUUCCUUGGCUAAUCUGUUGAUCUCUUGGUGUUAAAAAUAAAUAGAACUUGUACAUUAUCUUACUUUAAUGUCCAUGUACAUAAGUCAUUCUCUAAGUAAAAUUCUCUUUAUAUUGAAUGUUCUCUUCUUUGUGUCAAGGGAAGACAAGGAAAUGAAGUUUUGUAGUGCCAUCUAGAGUUAUCAGCUCUUAUCACAUUUUUAUAUCAGAAGCUUGUAAGAUUUCUUUUAAUUCUUUCCCAACGAAACACAUUUUUUAAUUUAAAUUAUGUCAGAAUUUGGUCAAACAAUAAAAGUAAUUCUUAGAUAAUAAUAUAAUGUGUGAGGCUGAGGAUAAUGAUUAUUAUUGUAUAUCCAUUUCAUGAUGAAGCUUACAUGUGUGUUGUAUUUGAAGGAAGGUGGUCAUUGAAUGAAGAAAAGGAUAAAUGUCUCCAUUUUACACCGUUUUUUUUUUUUUUUCACAACUAUAUUAAUAACAGAUGCAGCCGUUUGAUGGGAAGGAGCAGGUGCAAUGCUUAGACCACAAAGUUUGACACAUUUCACAUGAAUGUUGUUCCUCCCAUCCUCCUAUAGUAAUUUAAUUGCUUUUGGCUUUAUGUUGGCUUUGGUAUAAUGACCCUCUUUUUUUUUUAUGUUCCGUGAUUGAUGUUAGUGCGUAGUACUGACUUCUCAUUAUGACCUACCAACAAACCAUUCAUCAUUCACAUGUAUUUAUUUACCUAUCUGGCAUUUUGGAGUCCUUUUAAAUCCAUUUUUUUUUCUUAAAGUUAUGAUCCAUAUUAUGGUUAGUUGUCUAGUUUUUAAUUAAUUUUUCAUGCCUCCUAACUGCCAUUUAUCUUUAUCACAAACCAAAAUUGUCCAUUUUGCGGUGAACAUAUUCCCACCUAAUUAAUAUAAUUCGCAAUGUUUUUUUGUUGUUUUUUUUUUUAUUGUUUUUUAAAAAUCAAAUUAAACCAGAUCACCAACUUCUACUAGCACAAUUUUCAUACAUUUUUAGAUUUCUAUUCUCUUAUAAUCUGGUGACGAUUGAACUAGAUGAUAUUUUAGAAUUGAGCACUCUGGUGUCCGCUCUAUCAGAACUGCCUUUACUUUAUUCAGUUUUAUAUGAGCAGGAUCCUAUUUGUACAUGGAGAAAACCGGUCAGUUAUAGGACUCGGUUUUGAUGCUCAAAAGAAUUUAAGUCACCAGCUCUGUGUUUAAUAACUGUCAGGGGACAUUGUAGAAAAGAUGUUUGUUACAGGUUUUUUUUUUUUUUUACAAAUAAAAAUGUAUUAGUUUUUUUUGUUUUUUUUUAUUUGUUCAUUUUUAAUCUUAAAGUCAAUAACCAGAUUUGUCUUAGUAGCUGACAAGGUUUUGGAGCCUCAGUGUAAAUUAUAAGCUUAAGUUGCAAUUGUUAGUAUGUUGUAUUUGUGAUAUGUAUAAUAUCCUAUUUUUUCAUUUCUCAAAUGUAGAUGAAAAAGACAUUUUUUCUUUUCUUUUAUAAAAAAAAACCAAACAAGAUAAUUCCUCGGUAUUUGUAACUUACAUGUUGCCAAGUGAGCAAAAAGGUCAUCCCCCGCCCCCCAAUGCUAAGACAUAAUUUUUUUGUGUUCCCUAAAUUUGGACAUAUCUUUAUUUUAUUAACAAGAUGUAAAAAAAAAAUUUGAAUCAUUUUGUAUGCUUAAUUAUGUAAAUUGGCUCCCUUUGUUUUCUUGAAAUGCUAUGUUUUUGGGGGGAAUUCUAAAAUUGCUGUUCACAUGAUAACAUUUUUUUUUACUUACAAGGUUUUAUAGGAAAGGCAUAGAGCAAAUAGGACUGAUACAAUAAAACAACUUGUCAACAUUUUUCUUGUUUUAUUCAAGCCAAAUGAAAUCUAAUCACCAUUUAGAUUUUGUAGAUUAAAACAGUGCUUCUCAAAAAGUCAUGGUCUGCAGACUAGAUGCUGUCCGUGAGGAGAGCCAACGCAGUAUUCGACAAAAAGUGAACAAUUUAAGGAGAUUUUUUUUAAAUUUAAAUAUAGUCAAUUAAUCAGGCAACAGUUGAUGCAGUAAUCCAUUUCCCACACAAAAAAAAAAUUUUGGGAAGCAUUUAAGUUUUCUAUUCUAAGCCAUGCCUUGUAGUUUGAGGAGAUAACCCUGUGUCUCCCCAACGAUGACAGCCGGGCCAUCCAUUCAGUACAUCUACGGCUUGAUCAUUUCUAUGUAUUGUUGUAAAAAAACUCCAGCGUUGUGAUUAGUUUCCAUCAACCAUUUAUUUUUUCCUAUUGUGUUCAUAACAGCUCGUACCCACUCUUUCUUUUUUUAUCUCCUGAUAUAUUCCAUAGUUCAUUCCCAGUCACCCACAUCACAGCUCAAUGCUGAAAAGUUUUAAUGACCAAACCUAGUGUGUUAGGCCAUUGAAAUAGUUGAGCGAGGCACUGGUUUCAAUUAUCUUGAAAGGUGAUCCCCCCUUCUCUGGUACAAGCCCAGAUCUGAGACUUUGUUUCAUAUCUCAUUUGUUUACAUUCCAUUUUUGUUUGUUUUUUUUGUUGGUUUUUUUUCAGUUCUUUUGUAAUCCAUUUUCAUACACUAGUGAAGGCUGCAGUAGAAAUAUUUGGCUAUUUUAUAAACAAAUAUAACUUGCUAAACUUGCCAUUUAUAAAACACUGUGCUUCAUGGAAACUGUUUGUGAUUAGGGUCCAAGGGUGCAGGCAUGGGAGGAUCGUAGUGUCCAAGUGUGCAGUCAUGGCCUGUUCAGUGCCAGGAUUCAGUGAUGCUUGAUUGCUUGAAAGCAUUUCAUUGUUGAAUUACAACUGUAAAUGAUUCUGUGUGGUACUGACAAGCCGCUCAAUAUGAUAAAUUCUGUCAAGGAGUGUUCCUGUAUUUUAGCCUCGUCCAAGCUGUGAUUUCAGCUUGUUUCAUGGUCUCUUGUUACUAACUAGGAGAAUCUAUCAAUACUGGGACGUGGGCAACGAAAAUAUAUGGUUAAAAGUUCAAUAUUAGGUUGUGUGUUUAAUGACGGGAGAUACUUGUUAUAAUCAGAUAAACCAUUUCAUAUCUCCUCAUACACAUUGACAUACAUACAAACAAUUGGUCAUCAUCUCCAGAAUCUUCACUUUCAAGGUAGAAUUUUUUGUAUGAAAUAUUUUCCCCUUGACCAGAUAACGUCAACUACAAAUCUGUCCUAUUAUUCUGGUACUUGUGUAUGUCUUUGGAGUUGUAUCCAGUUUUAUUUGAUGUAGUCUCCUCCACUAAUACCAUGAUAGGAUAUCGCAUAGUUAACGUUUCAUUGCAUAGUCUAGGUGAAUCAACACAUCAGUUCAAUAUCGUGACCAUCACACAGGCUGGUAUUCAUCAUCUCAACAGUUACCAUUUUGAAUGUCUUUAACCCAAAUUUUUGUUCCGUGAACCCUUGUAUCAUCCAUAUCAUCUUAACAACAGCUUUGGUGACAAUAACUCAGCACGGGCUCUUCAGUUUUAUUUAGGGCGUUGGGAACCAUAUUAUUCAUUUUUUCUGGUACAAGUCUCAAGUUAUUAUAGCGCACUGAUAUUGUAAUCAACAUCAAGCACAAACAAAAAAAUAACCCAAAAAUAUUGUUCUGUUGCCUAACUAACUGUACAUGUGAUCUAAUAUUUAUAUUCAGUCACAAGACUUUGGGAUCCAGGCAAAACUUAAAAUAUUAUUUUCUUCUUUUUUUUUCUCCCACUGAUUUUUAUUAGCAUUUGAUACAUAAUUUCAGUGGGUUGUUUGGUUCAAUAGAAAUCAUUCUCUCAUUACAUCUACAGACAUCUCUCUGUCAUUGACAUACAGGUCUAAGAAUGAUGGAGAAACAUGUCCUUUAGGCCUGACCUGCAUGUCUAGAUUCUUAUUUAUGUGGCUAUGUUUACACUAGAACAAUUUGAUCCCAUGGGUUUUUAAAAUUGUUUAAAUUCUUAGCCUUUAGAUGAACCAAAUCAAUGGACUGUCUGUGGAUAGAAUUAGUUCACUUUAUUCAUUUGGCAUUCUAAUUCUAUCUGUGGAAUUCUGACAUGACUCAAUGUUUAGGAGUUGCUGGCAGAUUUUAGGUUCUUUAUUUUUAAAAAAAAUAUUUUACAUUCAAUGUCAGCUACUCGAUAAAAAAUAUGUUGUUUAAUAACUUUAAUGGAAUAUUAUUUAAUGAAAUUAAAACUGAAACAGGAGAUCAUGGAGUCUAAAAUAGUUACUAUUUUUGUCAUUGUUUUUGUUAGCCAAGUUUACAAUAGCUUUAUAAAUACUGAUAUUAUUCUAAAUUCAGACAGAAAAUGGUUCUGCCCUUUCAUCCUUCAUGUCAUCUAUUAUAGUUUUGUGUCAUAUUUAAAUGUAAAAAAAAAAAUACUGAAAAAACGUAC